AUGGAAUCACAGACUUCUCCCACUAUAUGCGACCAGUGUUUUAGUCCUGACGGCAAUGGUUCGAAAGUGCGCAUGACUAGAGUGCCGCAGGGUGCGGCUUGUAAACUAUGCUCUCUGCCCUUUACACUCUACCAUUUCAAAAUAGGCAGCAACUCACGUCCUACCAAAGCGCUUAUUUGUUCAAAAUGUGCAACAGAGCGUAAUAUUUGUCAAUGUUGUAUGCUGGAUUUGUCCUGGAAGCUGCCUAUUAAUCUUCGAGACCAAAUUUUAUCUAUUUUACAGGGUACAGAUGAAACAACGUCUACAGAGGUAUCACACAAACUGGCGAGUCGUUUUCUCGCAUUAAACACUGGUAUUGACGAAGUUGUUUUAACCGGCGAUGAAGUCAGGCUGAAAGCCUUAAUGGUUAAAGUCCGCGAUGCACUUAACAGCGAUGCAUCCAAGGCUCUACCGGGUGGUUCUGAAGAGGACAAAGCUGCACAAUCUGUCCAAAAGAACAUGGUUGUUUCCUCGUUGUUUUUGACGACUGGACUGGAGGGUGAUAACACAAGAUCAUUCUUUUUGUACGGAAUAGAACCUAAUUUGCCAGAAUGGGAGAUUGUUGAUGUAAUUUCAAAGCUAGUUCGCACAAAAGAAUGGCAAGAUCGUAGCACUGUUGCUGUUGUUGUGCGCCAUGAAGCAAGGUGUGCUGGGAUCCGCUUUAAGAGCGAGGAAUUGGCCAAACUAUUUGUUUUGAAUAUCGACAAAAUCUAUGUGCAAUUAGUUGACACAGGUAAACCUCUGCGAAAAGGUGUUUUACAUAUACGAAAUUUCAAUAUCCAUGUUGUAGAUUGGCCUAGUUUCAAUGUUGCAGUACUAGGAUCUCAACGUAAACAGUGGCUAGAGAUUUCAGAGCUGGCAAAAUCCGCUAUUCGUGCCGAUGUUGAGGCAAGUUGUAGUAAAACUCACAAGGCAACUAGUGGCAAAGUAGCAAAGCAAAUGAAAAAACGCAACAACUCAACUUAUAAGAAAGGCAAAUUAAAAAAACGAGCCUCUUCCUUAGAGCUCUAA